AUGCAAAAUGAAUGGGCUGAAAAUAGGCUGGCCGAUUUCAAUCUCUGGUCUACUGGCGUCGGCGCCUAUACGAUGGGGAAAGCCUCACUGGAUCAUCGACUACGCGCCAACCCGGAAGCGCACACUAUCCUUAUCAAUCUCUUGUUGAUGUUGAAGAUUCUGAUACAUAGAUGUAUAGCUGGAGCUAGUGAAAUCUAUACCACCGUGGAGCUGUCUGACAAGGAGUUAGCCAGGUUGACAGAUGUUGAAGACAGUUUGAGUCAAAUUACAAGGCUUACCGUUGCGAUCCGAAAAGCCGGGACACGGUCUCGACUGCAAAAAGCCGACUCCUCAUUUGAUCCCAGUUGUUCCCAGAUUUGCUCCCUGCGACAACACCUUGAACUCCUUCUCCUGGUGCAUCCUGACGAAAAUGGGAAUUCAGAUUCAAACAAACAGCAGCUUGACACUGCACGAUUGACAAAGAUACAGUUACGGCUGAUCGAUGCAAAUUUACGGCGGCGUAGUCGCUUCUUAUAUGCCCAGAAACAUGCUCAGAAAUUAGGAAUUAAUUACGGACGCCCAAAAAACACGCAAAGUGAGGAGCCAACGUUAGUAAACCAAAAGCCAAAUCCAGAUGUCGCCCAGACGACUACCUCUUUGCAGGAACAGAAGAUAGUUUCGAAGAAGGACCCGCAAACUCAAAGUACCACAACUGCCACGGUGAUGGAUGAGCCGAUUGUCCUUCCACCCUUGCCGGUAAUGACGGCUGUAACGACGGUCUUGUCAGUAACAAGCUCUCGAAUCACGUACCCAAAGCCUCCGGCUAUCCACGAUCGUCAAUUGCUUUUCACCUGUCCUUGUUGCUGCCAGUCCCUUCCUGCUUCCGUAAGGCAAAGCAGCCAGUGGAAGAAGCAUCUGAUGGCAGAUAUUUUACCAUACACGUGCAUUAUCGAGGAUUGCCUUGAGAUGGAGAAAUUUUAUAUGACGAAGGAGACCUGGUUAAGCCACAUGGACAAAGCACACGGGGGUACGGAGCAGUGGGUUUGUCAUGCGUGCUCCCAAAAGAAUAUCAGUGCCACCUUUAAGGAAUCGACUGAGUUCACUGCACACCUGGAACAGCAGCAUAGCAAGGGAGUUAGGCCACAGCAGAUACCCAUGCUACUUUCGGCAUGGCGGCGUAAAGUCCCUCUCAAAAUUACCGCGUGUCCACUCUGCGUUUUUCAGAGUGAUGAUCAAAACGUUCUGAUCGACCACACAGCUGAGCAUGUUCACUCAUUCUCGCUGGGGUCGUUGCCGUGGGCUCCGACCGAACGCUUGGGGGAAGAACAGGAAGAGGAAGACUACGGUAACUAUUUCAAAAAACAUCCGUAUUUUGACGUUGAUAGAUCCCUGUCGGACGCCGCAUCGGGUUCAUUGGGAGUGUCAUCCCUGACUACAGAUUCAGGAAGCAUUGCCGGCUCAGAUCUUGGGGAAUCGGCCAAUUUAACACACGGCCAGCUACAUCAGUUAACGGAGAAUGCUCUUGAUAAAGCAGCACGUGGUAGUUCAGAGCAGUUGGGUAUGAAAAAUUGGUUGGAAAUGGUCAGUGAAGAGGCAGAAAACCCGAAUCUGUCACCAGUGAUAAAAGACAACAGCUCUACCGGUCAUAUUUUGGGGAGUCGAGGCUCGCUGUACGAGUCUGACCAACGGGACCGUGCCAACCUCUGGAAAUCUGCCGACAUCUUCUGGGCAAGCGAUGUGACUACCGCCGUUGAUGGAGAAACGUCCCCAAUUCCUUUUGAAAGCUUCACUUCAACACCCCAUUUUCCGAGCUCUAGCGAUGAGAAUAAAGACAAAAUGCCUUUAUCGCAAGAAAAUCUCGAAAAACGGAAGGACCUGUUUGAGACUGAGGUGAGGGCUAUCCGGGCGGGAAUGUCAGCCUUGCCAUUAGAGGACCCGAGUAUCGUCUACCUACCCAUGCGGAUCCAACUUCUCAGCAUGAUUACCAACGAUGUUUUUCUGCCCAGUACUCACCUCCGCCGACUCAGUUCUGGAGAGGUCACGUCCGCUUCACCUACGGAACAAGCACGCCCCAGGAUGUUGCACGACAAAGUGAACGUCCCCGACAAAGCCGGCAACACCCCUCUCCAAAUCGCACCCCUAAAUGGACAAGAGUCAAUCGCAAAAUUCCUGACAGAAGCUGGCUGCGUAAUUAAUACUUGGGAUGUCGACAAAAGACACACUCUUCUUAUUGACAAUGUAGAAAAUAGAAACAUUGAAGUCGUGAGACUGCUACUUAAGGCUAGAGUAAACCCCUGCACCGUGAACGCCUAUGGGGAUGAGCCCUUCGAGUUAAAGUCUCAGACGACCUGGAAAAGGACAAGUACUAUCAGAUCCGAAAAGUAUCUGCCAGCGCGAAAGUUAACCCACGACCGAGAUACCAAAGUUCCAUCGAAACAAGCUUCGCUUAUGAGCACCUCGCGGACUCCUCCGCUCUCAAAGAUACCUCGUCAUCGGAACUACCUGCAGCUGAAGCGAAGCCCGUACUAG